GAUGUGGAUGUGUGGAGCGAAGUUGAUUUGCAACAAAUACCCCCUUCCCCCAACCCCGACAACGCGCAAGCGCUCGGGACCGUGUGGGAAUGGUCGGUCCACGAACUGGGGGUUGGACCGCUCCGAGCGAAACAGAGCAAAAGAGUUUUUAAAUGUCCGCCAUGUUGUCCAUGGCGCACUGAACCACCGAUAGGGAGCGGAGCGUCGGAAAAAAACAGUCCGAGAGAGAGCGACCGAGAUCCGGGCCUUCCCCCAGCUCCGCUGGCGACGCCCUAAAUACAAGCUACAACCUUCCGAACGUUAGAGACUAACCGCACAGAAACAUCAAUGAAAGCUCCACUCGGUGCCGUUGUGAACAUUAGGAGAUCGGAUAGAUUUAUAUUGCAUCUGGAAUUGUGAAAAAAUGAGUAAAUUGUCGUUUCGGGCACGGGCGCUGGACGCUUCCAAGCCACUACCCGUCUUCCGUUGUGAGGAUUUACCCGACCUACACGAAUAUGCAUCCAUUAACCGGGCUGUGCCGCAGAUGCCGACGGGGAUGGAGAAAGAAGAGGAAUCGGAACACCAUCUCCAGCGGGCCAUCUCGGCGCAGCAGGUCUACGGCGAGAAGCGGGACAACAUGGUCAUCCCAGUCCCCGAGGCGGAGAGCAACAUCACCUACUACGACUCCCUCUACCCCGGCGACUACAAGAUGCCAAAGCAGCUCAUUCACAUACAGCCUUUCAGCUUGGACACGGAGCAACCAGACUACGACCUGGACACGGACGACGAGGCCUUCGUCAACAAGCUAAAGAAGAAGAUGGAGAUCAGCUGCCUUCAGUUUGAAGAGAUGAUCGACCGGCUGGAGAAAGGCAGCGGACAGCAGCUGGUGAGUCUCCCUGAAGCCAAGCUGUUGCUGAAGGAGGAUGACGAGCUCAUCAAGGAGGUGUUCGAUUACUGGAGCCGCAAGAGGAAAAACAGCAAGGCCAACUCCCUGAUCCCCACCGUCAAGCAGGAGAAGCGGGACGGCUCCAGCACUGGCGACCCGUACGUGGCGUUCCGACGGCGCACCGAGAAGAUGCAGACCAGGAAGAACCGUAAGAACGACGAGGCGUCGUACGAGAAGAUGCUGAAGCUCCGCAGGGACCUGAGCCGGGCCGUCACCAUUCUGGAGAUGAUCAAGAGGAGAGAGAAGAGCAAGAGGGAGCUGCUGCACCUCACGCUGGAAAUCGUCGAGAAACGAAACUCCAUGUCGGACUUCGGUGGAGAAAUAAUGGCGGAGGUUCUGGCUGAGCGGGCGCUGGUGAGGCCGCAGAUCAUCCCUCUGGUUCCGCUCACCAAUCAGUACCGACACCAGGACCAUCUGGACUCCAAGGACUACAAGUCUAAGCCCGAAAAGGCGGAACCCCAGCGGCCGAAGAGGAGGUACGAGAAGAAGCCGAAGUUGUUGCCGUUGUCGUCGGGAACAGCCCACCACGCAGGUCCGGUCGUGUUCAACGCCAAGGACCUGAACCAGUACGACUUCCCCAGCUCCGACGACGAGCCCUUCUCCCAGCUCCACUCUGGCUCUUCGGAAGCGGAGGAGGAGAACGACCCAGACGGAGCGUACGCGUUUCGCAGGAGAGCCGGCUGCCAGUACUACGCUGCCCGUCCGGACCUGGUGGGCAGCUGGCCGUGGUGCGGCGCCUGGGACGGCGGCUUGGCCGAAGCGCGCUUCCGCUACAGCCUCACUACGCUGACGGUUCCACGCCGCUGCCUGGGCAUGGCGCGGCGGCGCGUGGGACGAGGCGGCAGGGUGUUGCUGGACCGGGCGCAUAUGGACCACGGCGACUCGUUCCACCAACUGGACCCGGAGACGCCCGACCUGCUGCCGCCCGCCUCUCCGCCUCCCUCUGCGACUUCACGCUCGCCGGCUCCCAACGCGCUCGCCGGUACCUCAGAAACAAAUACCUCGGACAGAAGUUCCCCCCCCUCGGCGCCGCCCCCCUCCUCGGACCUCAGCCAGAUACUGUCUAAUAUAAAGUCGUGCCGCUGGAGGCACUUCAGACCUCGGACACUACCACUACACGAGCUGGACAACGCCCAGCCGCUGUUCAGGAGGCUCAGUCGAGGCAUGAAGCGUCCGCUCGCCGCCUCAGCCGGGGGACGACCAUUCGGAUCGCAACGCCCAGCCAGGGUGGUCCCUCCUCCCACACCCGUUGCUGCGUUCACAGCAGAACAGUACCAGCAGCAUCAGGAGCAGCUGUCUCUGAUGCACAAGCAGCAGCUGGAGCAGAUCCAGCAGCAGCACCAAGCCAACAGCACUGCCAACAGCACACAGAGUCUGGCGAACACGCUGGACGAGGCCAACGCUCACUUCGCCGCCUCGGCCCUCGUCUCGGCCGAACAACUGCUGGCUCUGAAAACCAAGGACGAGCUGGCCCUGGGAGGCGGAGUCAAUGGCGUCCUCUCCUCAGGUGUCUACAAGGGCUUGUCGCUCUCGAGCUCAGCGUCCCCGUCCCCCGCCGCCCCGGCUCCUCCCUCCGCCACCCCGACGUCCGCCUUGCUCCACCCCUGCUCCACCGCCCUCGGCUCCGCCACCAGUAACAACGGCACAGCCCACCCCCCCGCCAACGCCACUCAGGUCCUGCUGGGAAACAACAGCCUCCGUUUGGCGAUCCCCACCGGCAAGCGCAUCCACGCGCCGCGGACGCUGAGCGCCACCAUGUCGACAUCCGCCUUAAAGCUCGCCCACGCGGCGACCGCCAACUGUCAGAAACCCAAGGUGGGCGCGUCCUCCACCUCCCCGCUGGACAUGGUGCCCAGGGAGAAUCUGGAGCAAGACAAGCCAGCGCUGAACAGUCUGUCAGAGAACACAGUGGCCAUGGAAGUCACGUAGCCGCCGCCGGCCGCGAGGGAGAACUCACUUCCUUCAGCUUUUUAUUUCCUCCUUGUUUUUCUUUUGUUUCUUUUUGAGGUGCUAUGCAUCGUUUUGGUUAGUCGUGAAUGCAAGUGGUGGCUGAAUGAGCACUGCAAGGUUGGGUUUCCACGGCAACCGUUUUGGGACUUAAUUGCAAUGCUCGUCUCGUACAAAUUUCUUUUUCUUCUCCCCUCCCAUAAUUCCCCCCGUUUGUUAAUAAGAGAUCGUCUGUAAAUUCUUAAUAUGGCAAUUAUAUGUACAGUACAGCAUAUUUGUAAUAAUACCCCUGCCCCACCUUUAAAUGCCCCAAAAUACCCCCCUGUGCCCCCCCAACCACCACCACCGUCG